GCAUCCGGGGCCAGAAUAAGAGGAUCCAAUCGCCCGCACGGAGACCACGCUCCCGAGCCCGGACCAAGCCUUAUGGCUCUCUCCACUCUCUCUACCGCCAAAGCCCACGGCUCCCACCGCCUCCUCCUUUCCCCUCUCCCCUUUCCCAUCUCGAGAAGGAGCGCCGUUGGAUUCCAAAAGACGCAUCUCUGCCCAUCGAACCCUCUCUACCAUUCCAACUCCCUCGCCUCGGCCGUCCCGAUGCCGGUCUCCUCCACGCCCUCCGCCCGGCACGGCGGCGCCGUCCGGAGCUCCCUGAUCGACCCCGACGGCGGCGCGCUGGUGGACGCGGUGGUGCCCCCGACGGAGCGGGCGGCGCGGCGGGCGGAGGCGGCGGCGCUGCCGGCCGUGAGGAUCGGGCCGGUGGACCUGGAGUGGGUCCAUGUGGUGUCGGAGGGGUGGGCCAGCCCGCUGCGGGGGUUCAUGCGGGAGAAGGAGUACCUCCAGAGCCUCCACUUCAACUCCCUCCGCCUCACUGACGGCUCCGUCGUCAACAUGUCCCUCCCCAUCGUCCUUGCCAUCAACGAUGCCGACAAGGAGGCCAUUGGCGACGCCGCCACCGACGUCGCUUUGGUCGGCCCCGGCGGCGAUUUCGUCGCCAUCCUUCGAAGAAUUGAAAUAUACAAGCAUAAUAAAGAAGAAAGAAUUGCCAGAACAUGGGGAACAACAGCUCCUGGGCUACCUUAUGUUGAGAAGGUAAUUAGCCCAGCUGGAAAGUGGCUCAUCGGAGGAGAUCUUGAAGUGUUAGAACCUAUCAAAUAUAAUGAUGGCCUUGAUCACUACAGGCUCUCUCCUCGAGAACUCCGCAAGGAAUUUGACAGACGCCAGGCUGAUGCUGUAUUUGCUUUUCAGUUGAGAAACCCUGUACAUAAUGGCCAUGCUUUGUUAAUGAAUGAUACUCGCAGGCGCCUCCUAGAAAUGGGCUACAAAAAUCCUGUUCUACUACUUCAUCCUUUAGGUGGUUUUACCAAGGAAGAUGAUGUGCCUCUGGCUGUGAGGAUGGAACAGCACAGCAAGGUUCUAGAAGAUGGAAUUCUUGACCCUGAGACUACUAUUGUAGCGAUAUUCCCUUCCCCCAUGCAUUAUGCAGGACCAACAGAAGUACAGUGGCAUGCUAAGGCAAGAGUCAAUGCGGGGGCUAAUUUCUAUAUUGUAGGCCGCGAUCCUGCUGGAAUGAGUCAUCCAACAGAGAAGAGGGACUUGUAUGACCCUGAUCAUGGGAAAAAGGUUUUAAGCAUGGCUCCAGGCUUAGAAAAGCUUAAUAUCUUACCUUUCAGGGUAGCAGCAUAUGAUACAGUGGAAAAGAAGAUGGCAUUCUUUGAUCCUUCUCGUGCUCAAGACUUUCUCUUCAUCUCAGGAACCAAGAUGCGCACUUAUGCAAGAAACGGGGAGAGCCCUCCUGAUGGUUUUAUGUGCCCAGGUGGAUGGCAGGUUCUAGUUAGCUAUUACCAGAGCUUGCAAAGUGAAGAAACAGGGAAACAGUCAGUUGCUAUGUCUGUUUAAUCUCUGGAAAUUGAUGGUGCCAUUCAGGAUUGAAGCAGUGAAGGGAUUAAGCUGACUUCUAGUUGAAAGCAUCGGCUAUAUUGUAUUGGCUCUAUUGAAUUUUAGGGUCUCUACUUAGAUUCUUUAAUUUUCUUAUCAUUUAGUUUCAGUUAUCUUAUGGUAUGUUUGUCAGUCAAUAAAAGGGAGGAAAUAUGAAUGUUGUAACGACCAGCGAUUGCUGUUCAAUACUAUCUAAAAAUUCCGCCCUUUCUUUUCGCCAAGAGAUGUUGGCCCUGUAUUUUUUAGAUUUUAAUUUAUUUAUUAUCCAAUUUUAAGCAGAGAUUGGAAGA